CCCGCUCACCAUCACCUGGCGUAAGGAUGGCCGCCCGAUUGAUCCGACCCAGCGUAUGUCGGUCACGCAGGUCGAUCAGUACAACUCCAUCCUGCUGAUCGAGAACCUGUCCGCCGAUCACACUGGCAACUACUCGUGCGUUGUGCGCAACACGGCCGCCGAAACCGAGGGCCACCAGUCACUGCUGGUUAAUGUUCCUCCGCGCUGGGUCGUUGAGCCGACGGACGUGAGCGUCGAACGGAACCGUCACAUUAUGCUACACUGCCAGGCACAGGGCGUACCCGUGCCAACGAUUCUCUGGAAGAAAGCAACAGGAAGCAAAUCCGGUGACUAUGAGGAGGUACGAGAACGGCCCUACACUAAGCUACUGGCCAAUGGGUCGCUACUGCUGCAGCACGUCAAGGAAGACCGGGAAGGUUUUUAUCUGUGCCAGGCCAACAACGGCAUUGGAACCGGUAUCGGUAAAGUGAUUCAACUGAAGGUUAACUCAUCACCUUACUUUGCCGGCCAAUCGAAGAUGGUGACGGUAAAGAAGGGCGAUACGGCCAUUAUGCAGUGUGAGGUGAAGGGUGAUAAGCCGAUCAACGUGGUGUGGCUGAGGAAUGGUAAGCACGAGCUGAAUCCCUCCACCAACUACCGCGUUUCGAUCAAGCAGGACGCCACACCGGAGGGCAUCUCGGCGGAGGUGCAAAUCUCGAACGUGGACAGCAGCGACAGUGGUGCGUACUUCUGCCAGGCCAGCAAUCUGUACGGUCGCGAUCAGCAGUUGGUACAGCUGCAGGUCCAGGAACCGCCGCAACCACCGUCCUCCCUGGAAGCGGCGACCGUAUCGAGCCGGGUGGUGAACCUCAAGUGGCAACCACGGGGCGGUGAUGCGGCCGAAGUGUCCAAGUACAUCGUGGAGUACCGGGAGAUCGAUCGCCAGUGGCAGUACAUCGAAAUCUCCGACCCACCGGUUUACUCGACCAUCAUCGAGAACCUGAAACCGGCCACCAACUAUGUGUUCCGCAUUAUUGCCGAAGGUCCAGCGGGUCGCAGUUCACCGAGCCAGGAACUGUUCAUCAAGACGGAUCCACAGCGACCGGCCGGUCCACCGUUGAAUCUCGGUGCAAGGCCCAUCUCGUCGACCGAGAUUCUGGUCAGCUGGAUGCCACCGUCGUACGAGUUGCGCCACGGGGAGAUGCAGGGAUACAACAUUGGCUACAGAUCGAUGCACGCCACUAGCAACAGCUACAACUUCACCUCGAUAUCGGGUGACGGUGAGGAUGGAACGGGUGAGCUGUUGCUCACGAAUCUGGCCAAGUAUACGCGCUACACGAUCGUAGCGCAGGCCUUUAACCAGAUCGGCCCAGGGCCACUUUCGGAACCGGUUACCGCGCAAACGAUGGAAGAUGUACCGAGUAAACCGCCCGAAGACAUUCGCUGUAUGGCGCAGAGUUCAACGUCGAUCCAGGUGUCAUGGCAACCACCGCAAGCGCACCAUACCAACGGGUUGCUACAGGGUUACAAGGUGUUCUACGAGUGUGCUACCGAGGACGCGAUUAGUACCGGCGAGAUGGAAACACGCAAAACGACCUCCCUGACGGUGCAUCUGUCGAAUUUGCGCAAGUUCUCCAACUACAGCAUCCAGGUGUUGGCGUACACCCGCAUGGGGGACGGUGUCAUCUCGCCACCUUCGUUCUGCCACACGGAUGAAGAUGCACCGGAAGCACCGGCCGAUAUUAAGAUCGCCAUCAGCUCCCCAUCAUCCCUGUACGUGUCCUGGUUACCACCGAAGGAUCCGAACGGUAUCAUCACCAAGUACAACCUGUACAUGCGUGCGGUGAAUGGGCGCGAGGAGCUGAACAACGAUAAGCGCAAUCUGCUCGCCCAUCAGCAUCAUUUCGAGGCGAAGCAACUCCAGAGCCACACCGAGUAUCAGUUCUGGGUGUCGGCUUCGACCCGGGUGGGUGAAGGUAAAAGCUCUCGCGUCGUAUCGCAGCUCACCUCGAACCGUGUCCCGGCAAAGAUUGUUUCCUUCGGGGGACUCACCAUACGGCCGUGGAAAUCGUCAGCCUCGCUGAACUGUAUAGCCGUUGGAGCACCGCGUCGUGAGUGGUUCAAGGGAGAUACGCUACUGCGGGCUGGCACGCAGCAUAAUAUACAGUUGCUGGAUUCGGGCGAGAUCAUUGUCACCAUGCUGCAAACGAGUGAUACGGGCAACUACACCUGCCAGGUUGAUAAUGGGAUCGGUACGGAUCGAUUGACGCACAAUCUGUUGGUGCAGGUUCCACCGGGACCACCGGUCCUGUACGUCACGAGUGCUACGUCCAGCAGCAUUCUGCUGCACUGGAAGAUUGGAUCGACGGGCAAUGCACCGAUAACGGCGUUUUCGCUUCACUACCGUCGGGUGCACGGUAACCUGGAGGAGAUGCAGCUGUCGCGCCAUGCCACCAGCCACGAUCUGAAGGGUCUGUUCUGUGGCAGCACGUACCAGGUGUACCUGGUGGCGCACAACAAGAUCGGUUCCUCGUCCGCCAGCACCACACUGAACGUGAAAACGCAAGGCCAGCCACCGGGCAUCCCGCCGGACUCGGUGCUGAUCGCACCCAACUCCACCUCGGUGGUGCUCCGGUUGAACGGAUGGCCCGACAAUGGUUGCCCAAUCAUCUACUUCGUGCUACAGUACCGUUCCGUAUCGGUUGGCCUGGAUGAGGAUUGGCAUCUGGUGUCGAACGCGCUGAAACCUCAGCGACGCUUCACCCUUUCUGGCCUCCUACCCUCGACCAUGUAUCGGCUGAAGAUGGAGGCGCACAAUGUGGCCGGUUCUACCAACGCCGAGUACACCUUCUGGACGCUCACCAAGGACGGAGACCCACCGCCACCGGAACUAGUACAAAGGGGACAUCGUUCUCAGAUUUUUUACAACAACAUUCAGCUGCUCAUACCGAUCAUCAUAACGAUUACUGCCACCAUCAUCUGCAUUGCGUUCACCGUGGUCUGUUACAAAUAUCGCCAGCGAGGACGGCAACGAAAGGAUACGAUGGAGAGCCAGCAAACGACGGAUGCUCAACGGGAUCGCUACUACGCUACGAUACAUAAAGUGGCAUUACAAGCCGGCGACAAAAUACCUGAAACGUCGGAAGACAUUUCACCGUACGCCACAUUCCAGCUGUCGGAGGCCAGCACGCUGGCACAGCCACAUCACAGUGGCCCGGCCAACACACUGCUCCACUCCUUCAUGUACCACGAACGCGCCAUGACCGAGGGGUGCGCCUCACCACCACCCGCAGCGGUACUGAGACUUCACAAUCAAUCGCCAUACUACAAUAUCAACUCUUCCAAGGGCCGGCGGAGACACUCACGAAAAACCGAGCCCGAAAGUGAAGAGUCCGACUCGGACCAAGAUCCACUGACCUCGAGUCGCACCGAAUCGUCCAACCAGCUGGACGCGAAGAUGAAGCACAGUAAGGAUCUGGACGUGCAAGCUGCGGGUGGCCCCGGGGACCACGGCUAUAACCCGAACCACUAUAUGCGUUCAAUUCCAGGUCUUAUUUAUCACGGCACGCAAUCGAGCACGUCCUCCGAUUUGUCGCCGAUGUCCGAACAAAAGUCCUUACCGCGGCGUGGCCGUUCAAGUCAAAGCCAAACACACCACAUCUAUAUGCCCAGGGGUACGAUGCGAUCGUUGCUGACGCCUCUUCACCUGCCCGAUGGAAGUGCGCCCGGUGGGGGCCCUCUCUUCCACCAGGUACCGAUCGAAGCCGGUACGCCGGAUCGGAUCGAGCUGUCCGAGGCGGAGUGUGACAUCGAUACGAUCAAGAAGCUCAAGCUCGGAAUGCGCUCAUCGCUCUGGUCUCGGCCAAGCCAGAAUGUCGGCGCAUCCGGUCCAACGGGCGCCGGCAGCAACAGCAACAGCAGCAACAACAACAACAACAACAACAACGGCGGUGCCGGGGGCAACAACAGUAGCAACAGCAACAAUAUCAACAACAACGGCAACAAUAGUAGCGCGAUGGUCGGCAGCAUCAUGGGUGGCGGCGGUGCCAACAGCGGACCAGCGAGUGGUGGCGCUCCGGGAGGAAACGCGGCAGCCGUAGGCCAUCCUUCCGAUUAUUCGAUCGCCGUCUAAGCAUGCCACCUGGCCAACUAGGGAACCAAUCAAAAAGACGGAUGAAAAGCAAACUACUAUUGUACUGUAGCAUAUAAACACACAUACAGACACACAUACACACAAACAAACACACAAAUUCGUUCGCCGUUUUAUGGUAAUUGUAGUGUAGGUUGCAGACAUUAACACCUCCCUUGUCCUCGUCCUCUUCCUUCUCCUCAACUUCCAUCCCGCUCCUUCCUCACACCGAACACUCUGUGGAGGAACACUUUGAUUAACUUUACUAUCGCAUUUACUCACUGUGCAGCCGACCGGCACGGCACUAUGCAGUGCCGGUACUUUUUCAAUCAAAAGUAGAGUAAGACUUUACGCGCUGCAUUGCUGGAUGCUGCAGCUGCACCAAGUGUUCAGACAAACCACCUUUUUCCCCCGUUUUUUUUUCCUUAGCUAGCGAAACUGUCCGAUUGUGGAAGCGGUAAUGCAACCGAUGUUGUUCGAUUUCCUUAUUAGGCUAGAGAGAAGGUGCACAAAUCCCUUUCUGCCAUCCGUUGGCUGCGACCAUAACUGGACCUACUGUGGUUUUCGAAUGUUUGGCGCCUGUUAGUGCUCCCGUUUGGUAAACCUUUGAGAAGGAUGAACUAUUCCAUACAAACGAUCCAGUAGUCACGGGGCUGUAGUUUUCAAUCGGCGACUCGAAUUCGACAAAAAAUAUUCCGCCAUCUUUUUCAUGCCGAAAGAGUCACUGAGGUGGCGAAUCUAAUGCAAAACGCGAUGCAGGGUGCUUCUGGAUAGAAAACUCAAAAGAUAAACUCUGAUAUUUCUUAAAAGAUUACUUUGCAUCCGCAAGCCGAACACACUCUCAACCGCUGUUCAUUCUAAACAGCAUCACCAUAACUACCGGCUGCUGUGAUGUUGGCAAUGUAUGCCAUUCGUUCUUGUUGCUCACGAUCAAUUUUUGCUUUUAGUUUUUGAGCUACUCGGACAGAAAUUAGAAAUGCCAAUUAUUGCUCAAAACGGUUCGAGAUAUUUUCGAAUCGAGUUUUCGAACGUUCAAAAACCACAGUAGAAGGGCAGCAUUCCACCUUAUUAACAACAUGGCUAAAGAAAGUGUGCCAAACAUAAUUGAACAAUAUUUUUUUUUUUUAAAUGGCACCAAUUCUGACUCCAUCCUCCUGGUUCGUUUGCUUUGCCCAUCUGUACGCCUCUUCAAAUGAGUUGCCUUCGAUGGACGUUAUGAAAAAUUGUGCGGCCGCGAGCUGCCUCAUCCCUGUUAUCGUAGUUAAAACGAUUGUAUAGCCUUUAAGAGGUUGGUUUUUUCCCAUUGCACACCAGUAGGCCGGAGACCUUUUUGUUUUGCAAACCGGAAGCACACUACCACACUACGGCCGGAAGCGGAUUGUGCGGCAAAUGGCGCAACGCGUAACACAGUGUAAGAUCGAUGAAUGUAUGUAUAUUGUGUAGUUAAAAUGAGCAGUAACGACAGUAAAACGCAACUCGAGCUAGGAGCCGAUAUUGAACAAUGACGAAGCGCGAACAAAUUUAGACAACUUACUGGGAAUCUUCUUGUGAGUGGUUUUAUAAUCUGUGUAUAAAGACUGAACUUUCCCUUAUUAACACCUCCUAGCAGUAAAGUACACAACCAAACUAUAGCCCGAACUCAAACUCGGCAACGGCACAAAGGAACUAACAUGUAAGGUAACACAAUGUGACACUCCUGGACACACACGACUGACGACACGUUCCUUACGUUGUGUCGCAAAUGGCUGCGCAGCUCGAUGUGUCUGUCUGUCUCCGUCAGUGUUUUUUGUCAGCGUAGAAGAUCCUUCAUUCCCUUUUCUCGAUAAUUUACCUUUUUAUGUAGCGAGCCCGAAAUCGAACGAAAUGAAGAAGGAAGUCGGGUGGACACACGCUCCCAGAGCAGGAAAUCAGUAGCGUAUAUACCACUACAAUCAGAUUUACAAAAUGGUUGAUAACUAUAAGGGCCUGUUAUCCGAUCUUCGAUGCUCACAGGCUCACUUCCUCUCUACGAUUCGAUGGAGAUGGCUGAAUGAGCUAAGGAGGAGGGAAUCGUUCGUUCAAAUUACGUCACAUCAUUAAACGAUAAAUACCAAGCGAAAAAGGGAAUCUCUCCGGUAGCCAUUUGCUCUUUUUAGAGAAUUCAUUGCAAAAGACAAACAAACAAAACAGAUAAUCCAUUCGCGCAUUCAUGUUUCGCCUCUGUGGACUGUUUAUAGAUUUUCUCUUUUUUCUACUCAGUCGUUACGCACCGAACGGCAUCACGGCUCGACGUGAAUGCCGCGAGGUUUUGCUACUGAAGUUUACGGAAUGAUCCAGGGACAACGAUCACGUGUUUAUCAGUUUGAACAUGUUUUGCAAUCGAAUUGGACCUGAUCUGUGUUGUUUGCGUUGUGCCUUGCAUCGCAGUGGUCUCCUCUUUUACUGGGCCCUGGUUUUUGGUUUUUGAUACUACAAACGUUGUUAGCUUUCGCGCUUUCGGUUAGCUUAAAUUAAUGUGUAAAUCUGUGGACUUAGGUCAGACGUCGGGCCUACGAAAGCAACUCGGCAAAACCACGUAGAGGACGUGGUCAUUACAAUACCGCUAGUUUGCAAACACUGUCCCCAGGUUGUUGGAAUGUUACAAACACACAUACAAAACAUAUAAAUAUAUUACAUAGUUUUGCAAUUCGAUUACUGUCCCUAAAAUACGAAAUCCCCAAGGACGUGAGCGUUAGAAAGGCCAAACAUCGAAAUGUACGAAUUUAUUUAUAAAAAAAGAAACACACAACACAGCCUACUGACAGCAGCAAUUCAAAAUAUAGCAAGUUAAGCGCGCGUGCUCACACUAAUAUCGUUACUUCGUCAACAAAAUGCGAAUUACAUUUAGCAAACCGGAAACGAACGAUACAGUGUAGUCUACUCCCGAUAAUAGAAAAAAAAAACCCCAACUCCAGUGCAAUCCCACUGGGCAAAUCCCACUGGAGAAUGGAACGAGGCGAAAUAAUUGAUUUUCCUUUAACAUUCCGCAACGCGUUCACCGCAGUAGAACCUCUGAAACUCGUGAAAACAAUAGAACUCUUCAAUAAUCAUAGCUAGUCACUGGGAUAUGCUGCAAAUGUGCAGAUUUUGUAACCCUACAUGAACAUAUUUGCGCUGUUAGAAACAGAGAGAGAGGAGGAGCGUGCGACCGAUCUUAUUCAAACAUAGCAUUCUUCUUGGCAGCCAUAUAUUGUUUGAAUCCUACAACCGAAAUGAUAGUAUAGCUCGAAUGUUGUUUACUUUCAACUAGCCAGUAAGUGCAUUUGUGAAAUCACACUGGUUUCCAGUAGAAGAAUCCCCACAAAUUCAUAGCAAAGUGAAGUUCAUCUACCGAUUCUGCCGAUACCAAUUUAUCAAACAUCAGAUCAGAUACAAGAUCCGCAAUAUUACAUGCUCAACAUUCACACACCACCACCACCACCACCACACCUCACAUGUUCACUAGGGUUAUAACAGCAACCAAUCAGUGAUUCAAACCCGGCGUGGAACAAACUGUAGGGAGAGAGUAAGGAAGAGAGAGAAAGCGAGUAAGAAUCUUUCGGCAUAUCUUUUUCGGCCAAUUUGUAAAACACUAAGACAGAGUGAGGUUGAGUAAACGGGGAAAAAACGUGACAAGAAAAUGAGAAACGGUAGUACAUAAUAGAAGGAAGUGGAAGACAUGAGAAACAAACAAAACAAAAAUGGUGAUCAAAAUUAAGAGAAUUUUUUUCUAAACACCCAUACAAACUGAGUAAAAAAGCAGGAAACAUAAAACUAAGUAAUAGACAUGCGCAAGCAUCGACACACUAUUAAAACAAAUAAACAGAAACUGCCCACAUGAAUUAUACACCGUGUUUGGGGUUAAGUAUCACACAUUGAAAACCAAACGAGGAAACAACAACUUUUGAAUGGAAUCAAGUGCUAACCUAGGUGAUUCAGUUUCACUUUCACGUCAAAAAAAGUCAAAACUCAAAUAAAAUGGUAUAAGAAAGGCAACUUACUAAAUACUAAGAGCAGCACACGCCAACGCGCGAGUGCAGCAGAGAUACAGCAAGAAAUAAACUGGGUAAAUAGAUAUUAUAUACAGAAAACGAGAUAUAUGUGUAUGGCAGAGACAUCAAGUGGAAGGUACGAGCAUAAACAAUGCAUUCUGUUUGAUAGAAAAUAAAUGUAUUCGCCGCCGUGAACCACAGCAAAAUCAAAGCCAUGGGAGGGAUGGCAACCAAAGGCAAAACAAUCUAGAUAUCUUGUAUUACACAGGAAACGGAAACGAACGGAGACACUAGAAACGUAGCGAAACUAUUUGCCAAAAUUUGAAUCAACUAGUCUUCUCACAAACCAAACAAAUAGUGUUGUGCAGACGGCAUUCGGAAUGCUCAAACGAUUUGGCCAAACCCCCUAUACGGACACUGAAACUCAGAAAGACUAUCCCCUUUUUCCUCUGUUUUCAUUUCAAUAGCAAAACAUAAAGCGAUACUAAAUUAUGAGAAACUCAAAAACUCAAAAGAACAAGCCAACUUACUGAAGAAAAAAAACCUAUCUGCAAUAGAAACGAAUAUAUCACAUUUAAAACAAACAUCAUUGCUCCGUGAAGUCCACCGUUGGAGCACCCGCAACGGUAAUGGACUCAUUGGAGAAAUGCAACAAAGAACUAUGUUAAAAGAAAUUGGUAAUCAGAUACAUAAGUUAAGGCACAAGAAUCUAGUAGACGUUAACUUUCGUGUACGAGCUAAACUACGAGCAAACAGACAGCAUGGUGUGCGAAAGCAAUGUGAGCCCCCAACAAGCAAACCAGAACAAAACACAAGAAACUCAAAAAUAUGUUAAUAAAAAUGAAAUUGUUUGUA